AUGGUGAAAGAGGCUACCCAAGCGCGGAUCCAACAAGUGCUGGAAGCGGAGAAUGGGGAUCGAGGAUCACAGGAAGGUCAGGAGGUCGACCACCGAAAGACUUUGGAUCUGGAGGCGCCAGAUCCUACCGAAGCGGAUCCGCGUUGGAUCCAUGCCCAUCGAUCCUUCAGUGCACUCAAAGUCGAGAUCGCUACUACUCUGAUCCUACGGCACUUUGAUCCAGAUCGGAGGGCCACGGUUGUGGUAUAUGCUAGCGAUUGGGCCAUUUCGGGAUCAUUGAUGCAGGAAUACGACCAGAUCUACUAUCCCGUGAUGUUUGCAAGCCGCACUCUGAAGUCGAAUGAGCUAAACGAUGGCAUCGCGGAGAAGGGGGUAUUAGCCCUUCAGAGGACCCUGGAUCUUAACUACAAUGCACUGGUCGGACGUCCGAUCCACGUGUUGUCCCGACACUCAACAUUGGCGUGGCUCUUCAGAUCCACGGGAGGUCUGGGACAGUGGGCUGCUCUGUUGCCACCCUGGACUCUGGAGAUCACCAAGUGGGUUAAAGAAGAGGACGAUAUCUUAGGAUCAUUGGCUGCCACUAUUACCCCUAGAUCCGAAAUGGAUAAAACAUUGAUCUCUAUUGCCCCAAAAAAGGAACCAAGACGCAAGAUCCAAGCUCUGUUGAAAAAUCUGGAUCCGCGACGUCUGGUGAUCUGCGGAGUCUCGAACCUAGUGAUCCGACAAGUACGAAGUGAGAUCGAUUGUAAGGCACCAGAUCUGCAACUGUUACGCCAGCGGGCUUUGGAUCGACUACGUACUUGGCCAGACCAUGAGCUGUUACACGUCAAACGAGAUUGGAACGGGAGUGCUGACAGUUGGCAAGCACCGCUCUACAACGGCAAUGUGGGAUCGAGAUAG